AUGGGACACGUCACUCCCAUCUUAUCUCGUCUGCAGCCACUGCUUCCGCCUCCACGCACAUCAAUCCUCACGCAACCUAUGCACAGACGCACGAGUCCACUGCCCACUCACACGGGUCCCACUAUCACGCGAUCUGCCCCCUCAACUGCAAAGUCCAUGCCUACUCCUGCCUCAGCACCUGACCCACGUCCUUCAUCUGCUGCACUACCACCAAACCAGAAGCGGCCCUGCGUCACGCUCUGGACCACCACAUACCACCCCCACACCAACUGCCAAAGCCCCAGUCACGACACAUUACACGGCCCACUUGUCCCCACCACCUGGAUAUCCCACUCCCUACUCCCAUCCCAUCAGAUCCACCCAAUCCCCCAUUGGGCAGAAAAGCCCGCACCAACCAACGGAUACAUACCCACUGGGUACUCAACACUCGGCAUCGUCCACAAUGCAGUAUGCUGGGCCCAAACUCGUCCAACUGUGCCCAACCCCACCGAGCGCACCAUCCAAACAACUAUUGAGGACACACUAACCUCACUGGCCCCAACACCACCUGGACAGGCCCACAUCCAUCCCACCCCCCACACUGGGCCUCGUACCCGCCCACCGCGGCCACCUGUCAAACACCACCACUUAGACAUUGAACCAGACCUUGACUUUUCAUACCCCUCUUUUCGCCUCCCGCCGACAUAG